AUGGCCGCCCCGUCCCGCGAAGCGCAACCGCCUUCCCACCUUAACUGGCAAGACCUCGAUACGGCAGCCUUGGACCCGUCGCUACUGCCUCUGCCCGAUAGGAUACCCCGUGCAUGGGAGCGCGUCUCCAAAUCACCAUUGGCGUAUCAAAUUAAGGCUCGCAAGAUCUGGAAAAGAUAUCCUCUGAGGUUGCGUGCCCACCAGACAGCCGACUCUCGAAGCGCGACGCCUGAGCCCGUGAAAUCUCCAGAAAAGGUGGUCAAGAGGCUGAGAGUGGACUUGCUCAUCGAGAGUGACACCCACACCGUUCAUGAGGAGAAGCUGGCGUCCAGGACCACGCGCUGUGAUCGCAGGAGAAGUGGACUGCCUCACAAGCCCAAGCGCGACACACGUAAUGGUUCGACCCAGGCGCCAGCAGAGUCGAGCUCUCCAAACGACCAUGUAUCGCCUCGGAAGCCUGACGUGUUGCUCAACUCUCCACAGCCCAUACGCAACAAGAUUGAAUCUCCAAGCGCAAAGACUUCGCGCACGCCGCGUCGCUCCUCCAGGCAUGUCGCAUCUGUAGGCUAUGAUGUCGUCUCGAAAAACAUUGAUGAAGACGCGUCGGUUCGGAGAAGACGCGUCAGUACGCUGCGAGACGGUAUACCAUCACCUGUCCGCAAAUCGCCUGCAAAGCGCCGUGCAAGGCCUUUAAGAGCGAAAGGGGCAGCGCCGAGAUAUAGUCUCCCUGCUCUUUCCACGACCGACUUUGUAGGAGUGGAAAGUCCUGUGAAGCCUGCAGCUUGGCUGAAUGUAGAAACAAGCUCGAAUCGUGGCGUCAUCUGUGCACGGGGUCUGGAUGUUGUUACGGAAGAGCAACAGCCGGAUAGGGACGGCCAAGAGCUGCGGGAGAAGUCAGUGGAGGUUCAGGACAUUGUGAAGUCUCCGAGCCACGCGGUGGCGGCAGGAGAGGCUCAUAGCGAGGACGGCUUAGCUCCAUUCGACGAAAAACUCGACAUUAAGAUCGAAACAGACGAAACGGGGAUUCCUACAACAGUGACGAGCACCUCACCUGAGGGCUCUGAGAGUGGUGCCGAGCCACCGCCACUCGAAUCCGAAGGACAAACUGGAGGCUCUUCGGACCCAGCAGAAGUCUCUCUGGAAGAGGAAAGCGACGGUGUAGCGGCACGCGAUUGUGCCACCUCUCCCGAUCCAGAUUUAGAAGCUGGUGAAGCUACUCCUGUCGAAACACUCACCACAUCUAUUUUCACCAUGGAUGAGGAACGUGGAAUCUACACAGAAGUCUCACUAGAACCAGAAACUACAGAUCAAACUUCUGUCAUCGGAGCAGACCCAAGGUUCUGCACCAACCAGGACCUCAGUGAUCGAGCGGAUCCAGGCUCGCCCGCUCUAUCCUCCGAAGAGGUAAAUUCAGCGGUGACUGAGGUGACCACCAGCACCAAGAAGGUUGUGGAAAUAUCAUGCGAGUCCCUACCCGAGGACACAACCACUCACCUGGACGCCGACACCGCUCACCUCAAAGAAUUUCUCAAUCGUGCCGCUUUGAGCAAAGCCAGAAGGGUCAGCACAACUGUCAGCAUCGCUCGCCGCACCUCUCUCCAGAACCGACGCGAUUCCGACGCGGUCCGCCAAGCGCUUGCCUCGCCGCGCAGAGUCCUCGACGACAAAGAUCCCAACUCGCCAUCUAUCCUAAAGAGCUACGAACCAGUUGCAGGAGUGAGACCCGAACCUAGCGCGCAGAACUUCCUAGACGGCGCGAGCAACGACGACGACGCAACAACAACCCUCCUCAUCCCAGACGACAUGUCCGACAAGCUAGCGCAAGCAGGACAAACCCCUAACAAGCCCUCCCGCCGCAGCGCUCGCACGCCAAAAAGCCGCAUCCCAGCUCCGCCAUCCCAGCUUCCCCAGCCAGCAGACGCUCCAGCAGACGCACCGAACCGGAUCCCCGUCCGCCGCGCAGACGGAUCAGAGCCAGUCGUUCUGAAGAAGACGGAGGCGCAGGAACUGGCGAACCUGACGAGGGUGAACACCAGGAAGAACAAGGGCGGCGCUGUUGCGGCUGCUGUGAGGUUGCUGAAGCUGAGCGCUGAGGUGGUUGUGCCGGAGAUCGGUACCCUAGCGGAGGAACUCGUGAGGGAGCUUGCAGAGGGACAGAAGGGCGUCAGAUGGGAUGAGCAGCUGCUGUAUUUCCAGGAAGUUGACGCUCAGUCUUUGGGCCUUGGUAACACUGCAGCGGGGCUGGACGCAGCUGUCGAGGCGAUUACGGAGGCGAGGAAGCAGCCAUCAAAGAUGCGGCGGCUAAGAGGCCUAGGCGGUGCAAACGGCACGCCGGGUAAGGGUCUCUUGACUCCUUUGAGCCUGCUUCCUGCGGAUGUGGGUGCGGAGAAGGACGCUAAAGAUGUUCUGAGCGAGGAAAAGCAGAAGGAGGUUAGGAGAGAGAAGAGGAGCAGGCUUGUUACGCCCCGGAAACUCAAAUUACCGAAUCCGACGUCGAGUCUGGGUGCCGUGAGUGAAGGCAAGGAAAAUCUAGCCGGCAGCAAGCUUGUAACGCCGAAGAAGAUCGUGCUGGCUGCGAAGGUGACAAGUGCGGAUAGCGAAGGAGGCUUGGGCCAGGUGAGUGCGAGGAAGAGGAUCAGGACAGGCUUGUAG